CGCUACUCCACAAUCUUUAACAACCCACCAAUAAAAGUCGUUCUAAAGACAGAAGUUACCGUCAAAUCAACCGUCAAAAUGAAGUUCACCAUCAUUGCCUCCGCCCUGGUGUUUGCUGCUGGCAUUUCUGCCCAGGCCGUCCUUGGUCCCAACGGAAACUGCAAGUUCCCCAACGGCCCAGACUGCGUCGCCAACGGCAAGAGGAACGGACAAGGCCAGCGCGAAUUCCAGGAGCCGGCCGACAGCCCCGGCGACAACUGCUGCUUGUUCCCGGCCAGCUGCGGCAACGGCGACGGCGUCGCCGUCUUCCCCUGCGUCAAAGUCGGCGGCAGGGCUCCCAAGGGCAAGGGUAAGGGCAAUAAGGCAAAGAACGCCAGGCGGGGGGCUGCUGCCUUUGAGGAAUAAAUUUGAUGUCAUGUUGAAUUCUACGAUGGAGUGGAGGAAAUAUGUGGAGCGAAUGCUGUGGUACGAUGAUGGCUUCAAAUAAAGGAGGAGAAAAAACCCCGGUUCAAUUGCCGGGGUUGGCAAGCAUUCAAGAUACCCAAUGGUUUAGCGGAC